AACUCCAUCGCCAAUGCGCCAUCUCUACACACCUCUCCGCCCACAUCUUCGGGCUGCAUGUCGGUCUCACGACGUCCGCAAUCGGAGACUAAAACCAGCUGCCCUGCAUCGUUUAUUUCCCCUCACCAACACCACCGCGCUCCAUCGCCAUUCCAACUUACGUCAAUCCCCAAUUUACCUCGCCUUGCAACCCCCCGCCCACCCAACCCGCAGCAUGUCCUCCACCACCACAGCGCCCACGACAUCACCCACCGUCGAGCCUCGCUUCCAGCAGCUCUUCGAGACCCUGGAAGCCCGCUUCCGGAGCACCACCCCCUCCCUCCCCGCCGACAAAUGGCCCAUCCUCGCCAUCUCCAGCAUCGUCGCCGGCCCUGACCCGGAACGCUGCGACCAGCUGUACCUCUACCUCAUCAACCAAGAGCCCUACCGCACCCCAGAAGCCCGCCAGGCCCUGAUCCGCCGUCUGCGCGAAGCCCUCUUCAAAAGCAUCAUCAUCGUCGGCGUCUGCAAGCCCAUCGAGGCCAUCCUCGCCAUCAGCAAGCUCGAGCGUCCCGAGGAUAAAGAGUACAGUUUCACGCGCGGCGAGUGGCAGUGCGAUCAGGCGAACCACGACCGCGGCGUCGGGUGGUUGGAAAAGCUGUAUGCGCGCAACACGUCCGGCACGUUGGAUCUGUUCGCGGCGCAUCGGGAUUUCGCCUGGUUGUCGACGGAGAUUACGUAUGGGUUGUUUCUCUCUGAUAGGCAGGUUCUGGACGACUUGGAUACCCAGAUGGUGGUGCUCCCUGCGAUCAUGAGUCAGAAUUUGAAGGUCGAGACGCAUUGGCAUAUUCGCGGGACGAGACGGUUGGGGGUCCCCAAGGAGGAUGUGCAGGUUGUUUGGGAUGCGGUGCGGUCUGUUGCGGAGUUUUUUGGGUCGAGAUUGGAUAAGGUCCCGACUGUUGAACAGGUUGAGUAUGAUGUUUGAUUGGUUUGGGGUUGGAUGUAUGGGGGUUCUUUAUGGGUGGUAUGAUCAUAGAUGAGGCUGUUGAUCAGCUAGUCGCUUUCUUUCUCUUGGACAUUAUUUUGAGGUAUACAGGUUAUGGCUGAGAUGAAAUGUUA